CACAGGAGCUACUUUAGGUGCACCCACAAGUACGAUCAGGGCUGCAAGGCCACAAAGCAGGUGCAGAAAAUGGACGACGGUUCAGGAAACUACAAGAUCACUUACAUGGCGUCCCACACGUGCGGUCUCGCUGCCCCGAUCGCCACCGUCGUUGCUGCCGAUCCUCCCCUCUCCGCCUCCAACUCCUACAACAUAUGCUUCUCCAACUCGGGCAACGACCAACGGGGCGAUAGUACUGCAGACUGUUUCGUCUGGCCCGAGGGCGACGAUAGCGUGAAGGGAGAGACGACAAGUGAAGUGACAGACGGGACAGAUAUUCUCUGGUCGGAGUUUAAGGAUUUUGGGGACUUGCAGGAGAUGCCGACGACGAACCAAUACUGUUUCUCGAUGGGAGAUGAUGCAGAUUCUCAUGUGUUUGGGAUGGAUUUUUAUGGUGAUUUUACACUUUGAUUAACAAAAUUGUGUGUAUACAAUAAAAUCCUAAUUCUAGAUGAUGGUUGGAUGGUUUUUUGCAUAUUAGGAUGGUUGGAUUUUAAUCCAAUCUAAUAGCUUCAGAUUUUUUAUGUGCAGUAAUAUUAAAAAUACCUUCCUUUAUUUCUGCCACUUGUAUAUAUGUUUCUCUUCCAACCAAAUUAGUGUCUUCCAACCAUGCUCGAUUUAGCUUUAUUGGUGAGCUAGAGGGCAUGAAGUUUUUGACGUAUCACCUACUAUGAGAUCUUGUGUUCAUAUU